UCUCCAAGCUAAGCCGCUUCAACACCAUGGAAGAUAGACUGCGUUUGGCAGUGGGAGUAAUGGGUAAUGCCGGCAGCUUGAUGCUCUAUUCUGCACCAAUGUUAACUUUUGCGAGGGUGAUGAAGAAGAAGAGUACGGAAGAGUUCUCAUGCAUUCCCUACAUACUCGCACUGUUCAACUGUUGUCUUUACACGUGGUAUGGCCUCCCGGUGGUGAGUCGCCGGUGGGAAAAUAUUCCGGUGGUCACCAUUAAUGGAGUGGGGAUUGCUUUUGAGCUCUCCUUCAUUCUCAUUUACUGUUGGUUCGCAUCAAACGCCAGAAAGAAGAUGGUGGCGCUGAUGAUGUUUCCGGUGGUCGGGAUGGUUUUGGCGACCAUGGCGAUAUCCACUUUCAGCUUCCAUGAUCAUCGUCACCGGAAACUGUUCGUCGGCAGCAUUGGACUCGUGGCCUCCGUGUCAAUGUACUCUUCUCCUCUUGUGGCGGUGAAGCGAGUGAUAAGGACAAAGAGCGUGGAAUAUGUGCCAUUCUACUUGUCUUUCUUUUCGUUCUUGACCAGCUCACUUUGGAUGGCAUAUGGGCUGCUGAGCCACGAUCUUGUUCUUGCGUCUCCGAACCUUGUCGGGUGCCCACUUGGCAUGCUGCAGCUUCUGCUCUACUGCAAGUACAGGAACAAGGAUCACACGGUGGCUGAAGAGCCAGAGCCAUCAGAAUCAAGAACCGAAAAUUCGCUAAUGUAAAUUGAAAGACAUG